AAUUUCACUCACACUCUACGAAGCUGCGCCAAUUAUUGAAAAGUGUUUGAAGUUUGAGAGCUGCUGGGAAGAUGGGGGAUGAAAAGGAUGCUUUUUAUGUUGUGCGGAAGGGGGGUGUCGUUGGAGUAUAUAAAAGCAUAACUGAUCUUGAAUCCGUUCUUCAAGCCUCUGCAAACAGGGCUUAUUGCAACUGGAAAUCGAUUGUCUUGUAGAUGUUGGUAAAAAAAGAGUAAGUGGAUGGUGUUCCUUGUGAAAUGUUAAGAAAUUCGGGAGGGAUUUUUUGAAGCGGUAUUCGACAUUAUGUGCGUGUUGACUGUAGAGUACCUCAGGUUUCAGUGAAACGAUUUUAGCAACAUCUCAUUCUGUUAACUUUUGACUUAUUUUUUUGAUGAUUGAUGAUUGGUGAUCACCAAAUAUGAAUGGCGAUUGAUGACCUGACCAAUGCUAUACUUUGGGUAGUACUAGUUUGCUAGAUGAAGCAUUUCCUUCCAAUACCAACACGUUGCAGUUUUAGACUGGACCAUCUUGGUUCACGAGAAACGCUUAGAUGUUUGCAAACGAUACUUCCUUAAGUGUUUUUAAAGGAUAUGGGUUGUCAAAAGAAGCUGAGGACUUUCUCUCAUCUCAUGGACUCAAGAAUGCUAUUUACUGUAUUGAUGCUAGUGACAUGCAAGACGAUCAAGCUCUUUUUGGCCAACUUCUCACUUGCCCUUUUCGGGAACCAAAUUCUUCAAAAGAUAAAUCAGCUAGCAAAAAUCAUGCGGAGAAGAGAUCACAGGAAAUAGAUCUGAGUUCUUGGUAGCAAUUUGUGGCAGUAAAGUAAUAAGAGCUUGUUGUAUCAGCUUCUUUUCCCGUGAAUCCUCAGCUGAAGCAUGCAAAGUUAGAUAACUUCCUUCAAGCUCCUCCAGUAUCGUCCUAUUGUGUAAGUUGUCUUAGCAUAUAUGAUGUGCUGGAGCACUAUUUGAAUGUAUUUGAAUUUUGUUAAACACUUUUUCCUUGAUUAGUUGACUUUUUGUUUCCAGUUUGGCCAUUUUCUUAGAAGCAGCUGACUUACCUUCAUAAUGGUGUCGCCCUGAGCACCAACUAUAUGUCAUAGUCUCCAGUUAUCAAAGAUAGUUAUCUUUGUGAUUCGGUAGUUAUUCUGCUUGGGCAGGAAGUUAAUUCCGGAUUGGCACUUGGUGCUUGCUGUAGUUUUCGCCCGCAUUUUUUUUUCAUUUUCUUAUCAGAAUUACUCUAUCGCUAUCAGAACUUCUUUCUACUGAUACUCCACAUCAAGCAUACACUCAUGUUAGUGGUUCUGGCUUUAUCCUUCUCACAUGUACUUUUUUGUAACUUAUACAUUGCUGGUAUUAGAUUUGAGGUGGUCAUGAAAAUUUCACAACUUGAUUUACCAUUUUAUGUACAGAGUUCGUGUAUUCUUGAGUUUGAUGGUGCUUCUAAGGGCAACCCUGGGCAAGCUGGUGCUGGGGCUAUACUUCGGUCAGCAGAUGGGAAUAUGGUGUUUCGAUUGCAUGAAGGUGUGGGCAUAGCAACUAAUAAUGUAGCUGAAUACAGAGGUUGCAUUUUGGGGUUAAGAUAUGCUCUUACAAAAGGUUACAAACAUAUAUGUGUUCGUGGAGACUCCAAACUUGUUUGCAUGCAGGUUCAAGGUCUGUGGAGAACCAAAACACAGAAUAUGACUGAAUUGUGUAAGAUAGCUAAAGAGCUCAAAGACCAAUUCUUGUCCUUCCAGAUAAUGCAUAUCGAAAGAGAGAGCAACACUGAAGCUGAUGCCCAGGCAAACUUUGGAGUGCAUCUAAAGAUGGGCGAAAUCCAAGUGGACUGUGACAUGAAAUAACGACCAAGUUCUGCAUGUAGUGGCCAUUAGGAACUUGUUAGUAGCUGAAAUGUGUGGAGAAGUGGAUUUAGAUGCUACUCCUAUUUUGCUCUUUUGUGAUUAUUUUGAAUUGAAAUACUAUCUAUUAGCUUAAGAGCUACCGCACCCUUCUAUAUAUCUAUGUGCAUGUUUUUCACUAAUUUUACCCAAGAAUGCGAGCUCAAAAUUUGAAACUUAUUGAA